UGUAUGGUAAUUUACCAUCUGAGAACCAGUUGGCAGAUUGGGAGUUCACAGUUUCACAACAUUCAGCAGUUCCACAAGGAAUCUUGGAUAUUAUACAUUCGAUGCCCCAUGAUGCUCAUCCAAUGGGUGUUCUUGUCAGUGCAAUGAGUGCUCUUUCUGUCUUUCAUCCUGAUGCCAAUCCAGCUCUGAGAGGACAGGAUAUAUACAAGUCUAAACAAGUGAGAGAUAAACAAAUAGUCCGGAUCCUUGGCAAGGCACCUACAAUUGCUGCAGCUGCUUACUUAAGAAUAGCUGGAAGGCCACCUGUCCUUCCAUCCAACAAUCUCUCUUAUGCAGAGAACUUCUUGUACAUGCUAGAUUCAUUAGGUAAUAGGUCUUACAAACCCAAUCCUCGACUCUCUCGGGUGCUCGACAUUCUUUUCAUAUUACACGCAGAACAUGAAAUGAAUUGCUCUACUGCUGCAGCACGUCAUCUUGCUUCAAGUGGGGUUGAUGUAUACACAGCUAUAGCUGGAGCUGUGGGAGCUUUGUAUGGCCCUCUCCAUGGGGGUGCAAAUGAGGCUGUGCUGAAGAUGCUCAGUGAGAUUGGAAGCGUUGAGAAUAUUCCAGAGUUCAUUGAGGGUGUGAAGAACAGGAAGCGCAAAAUGUCUGGUUUUGGGCACCGUGUCUACAAAAAUUAUGAUCCCAGAGCAAAAGUCAUUAAGAAGCUCGCCGAUGAAGUAUUUUCAAUUGUUGGUCAGGAUCCUUUGAUUGAGGUUGCUAUUGCUCUGGAGAAAGCCGCGCUCUCAGACGAGUACUUUGUAAAAAGGAAGCUGUAUCCAAACGUUGAUUUCUACUCUGGUUUAAUUUACAGGGCAAUGGGAUUCCCGACGGAAUUCUUUCCAGUCUUGUUUGCAGUUCCUAGGAUGGCUGGUUACUUGUCUCAUUGGCGAGAGUCUUUGGAUGAUCCUGAUACCAAGAUAAUGAGACCUGCACAGGUGUAUACUGGUGUAUGGAUGCGUCACUAUAUGCCUCUCAAAGAGAGAUCACCAUAUACAGAAACGGACAAGCUUGGUCAAGUGUCUGUCUCCAACGCCACCAAGCGACGUUUGGCUGGUUCAGGGGCCUAGGCUUCUUCAUGUUUCAGUUAUGUUUAAGAAAAAUAAAUGGUAAAAUUUUUCUGCACAAGGAGCGCACUGGUCUUGAAUAUGGAUAGAUUCUGACAAACAAAGCAGAUAUAUUCGGAUGUAUCCGUUUUAAAAUAGCUUAAUAAGCUACUUCACAAGGAUCUAUUUAACACAAUUUUAUAUGUA